AUGUCGGUAGCUGGGUUAAAGUACGACCCUGUACUUAGCCUUGACACCCCAGCAGAAACCAAGUCAGGAAGCUACAUUUACAGCGGCUCCGCAGCGUCCUUCCACGACUGGGAGUUUCGCACACGUGCCCGUGUAUCCCAGCAUCGUGAAAGGCAGCGUCGAGAGGUCUUGAAAGACCUUCGUUCCAGCCACCAACUCAGCCGUUCUGCAUCCCCACGAAAGUGGGUAGGUGGUGGCAUAAGAUCCCCGGACCGUCACACAGGUGAUGAGAGCAGUGGAAUGGCAGCCAGUCCUUCAAGUGCCCCAGGACGCCGGCGCGGCCGCCAGGCCGGUGCGGAGUCCAUGUCGUCAGGAGACGGUGGCGAAGAAGAGCAACAGCCACAAGAUUAUGAGGUUGAGGACGACGGGCAAGCUUCGGUUGAGACUGAGCCUGUCCCCACACUCGCUUCGGUCCGCGAUAGUGAUCUUGACAUGUCUGAUGCAGUUCAGAAGACGCUGGAAGGCCUCCGUGGCGACGCCUUUCUUGUCGCCCGAGACAUAGGUCUCGAGAGGUUGUUGAAGCACGACGGCAUUGAUCUCCUCAUUCAGAAGGUCAAAGACCAAGCAUUUCCCUUGCAGGGGGAAGAGGCAUCGGAAUUGUUCAGGCAAGGCCAGUUGCUGACAGGUCCCUUGUCCAAACAAUCAGGGGAGCCGAUGUUGUCUUACAUUUCCCGGCGAAAGCGCUGGUGGGUUACCCUAAGGGAAUUGGACCCAGAAGUCAGGUUGUCAGAGGCCAUGCGUGCCAAUCUCCUUGUGGAACUGUCUGGUUUGUCGCGCCAAGAGCAGCUCAUGGUGCGCACCGCAGCACAAGCCGAGACAGUAGAUGAGUAUGCGCGCGUAUUGAUCAAGCAUCAUAGUGUUGUGCAUAUGCGUGAACGCCUGCUCGUUGAGAAAGACAAGCCUGCCGCUAGAACAUGGUCCAAGCCCCGGUGGGAGAAUACCUCAUUUCAGCAGAAGCCUCGGUACGGUUACAUGACACAGGGUUUCAUGGAGGAUGACGAGUAUGAGUACCAGGAGCCAGAAAGUCAGGCCUAUGUAGCCGAGGAGCAUGAGGUCGAGGAAGACGAAGGCGAAUGGGUUGAUGACAGUGCAUUAGCCUUGGCUCUCAACGCAUAUACAGCUAUGCAGACAGAGCUUGGAGGCGAGCCAGGCGAGGAGCACGCCGAAGCAUUGCAGCUGGCAUACGCAGCCCAAACCACACUUGCCAAUGUGAAGGGUAACAAAGGUGCAGAGAAGUCCGCCUCACCCGGGAAGCCCGGGAUGGCAUCCUCCUCACAAGCCUACCUUGCCGCACUGAGUGACGCAUCGGACGAUGAGAUCCCUGCCAUUCACCUUUCCAACACUUCAAGAGACAUGGAGGGCUAUCCCGCUGAAAGGAGCGGAGGACCCUCAGAGCGUCCUCGUGUUCGCAGAUCGGAAGCCACUGCCAUGCGUGACAGCCCACCGCCAGGAUCUGACACCUUGUUCACUUUUGGUCAUCACAAAGGCCUGACGUAUGAACGAGUGCUGCACACCUAUCCUGGGUAUGUCCUUUGGGGUCAAACACAGAAGUGUCCUUCCAAGUGUUUGGGUGAUUUCCUGAACUGGGCGCACGAGCACUAUGUGGUAGAAGACACGGACCCCAUAGAAGUGCGUAGAAGAGACAUCCCUCUUAGCACGAUGAUGCCCCCAACUCCCGUUGCUGACCGCGCAGCCAACGCUGAAGGCACCGCCUCAUCCAGUACCGGUUUCCGGCCCAAGUGCAGGGGUGGUUGUAAGACCUUUAGCAAGACAGGGAGCAAUUCGUACAUAGACAUGCGCACAUGCAAGUCCUGUGGCACGGUAACCAAGACUCGCAAAGAACAGGUUCAGGUCGACCCUACCACAUGCACGCAUGCCCAGGUAGAUCGUUCAGGUUCCAGCAAGACAACCAGCCGAAUCAAGUGCAAGCUUUGUGGCAUGAUCCUAGAUGAACUGCCCCAAGAAGAGAAGAAAGCUAGGGACGCAGCCGCAGCACAGCUGCGAGACACGAACACCCUAGACUUCGACAUGAUGCGCUCUAUAGUGGGCAGAACAGGGGACCGAGUGCCUGUAGAAGUGGUCGUACCAGCCCUUGAACAGUUCAAGGAGGCAGUUGAGGGUCACUUCGUCACCGAACCUUCGAUAACGAGGGGAGACUUGUUUGCCUACCUUCAAGAGGCUCUGGACGAUCAUGCGGAUGAUGCGAGCCCCACGAGCGCGAGUUGGGAGAUGGCUUCAUCGGGAAGAAGGCCCGGUACAGCAAUGGUUGCCAUGCUUGCCGGACCACACGAGGGAGUCACAGACACGAACCCCAGUUUGAGCAAACUCCCCGUGGUUAACAUUCGCACAUCCCCACAUGUUUUCGCAGUCCUGGAUGAAGGGUGUAACUCAACGGUUCAUGGCGAGGAUUGGGGUCACGAGAGCAUGUCCAAGUAUGCGAGCUUUGGGUAUUCCACGAGGUUUGCGAAGGAGACUUCCAAGACCUUCAAGGGUUUGAGUGGUGAGAACACAAAUUUGACAGCAGCCAUGGCCAUCGCACCUUCACAGCGCCCCGCGCCUAAGGCGAGGCCUCAGCAGCUGAAUUCCGAGACCUUCCCCACCGAGGGAGGAGACAAUCCCAAGCACGCCGCGGACAUUUUUACCUUCGGCUACAACUUCGAGGAGGCCGUCGAUAAGAUCCGCAACGCUUGGGAGCCACAGCAUUUCGCUGACAUGUUUAGUGAGAUGCGCUCGGCAGAGGCUACCCUUGAACUCGGAGGCGCAUUCGUCGGCAUCUUCUUUGACCUGACAUACUUGCCGAAUGCCAGGAGUUUGGAUCCUGAGCUCGCAGAUCGCAAGCGAGAUACAAGCCUCCGAGAUCAUGUGGGUUCCCACCCUUCUAUAAUGAAGGCGAUAGCUGCAGACCCUGGAUUCCUGCAACAUUGCAGAGCCAUCCGUUCCAAGGUGAAGAAGUCAAUGGAGCAGGGCUACCAGGCGAUGAACAUUAGCGUUGUCUGCAGACAAAACCGGCACCGUUCCGUGGCAGGAGGCAUCCUCAUUGAGCACAUGCUACUUCGCGUUGAAGGACUUCAUGUUUCCAUGCAGCAUUGCAACAGCGAACAGUCCUGGCCGCUCAUGGGUGGAUCUUGCCGCGGGCAUUGCAGCUGGUGCACACAUCGCACAGACGAUGCGAAGGCGGCCUACGAGCAGGUGUUAGCCGACUUCAUCAAGUAUCUGGAAGGCGAUGUCAAGGAGAGCACCACAUGCAUGUUGCACUGCGAGUCAGAGCCUGAAAGGGCCCCGGGCACAGCUCCGGAGGAAGUUACUGAUCUGGACGCAGACGAUGAGGUGGAAGAGGUCCCAUCAGAUCCGCUGGAAGUAGCGCCUGGAGAGGGAGAGUCAGCAUCGCAGGCAGCUACUCGAUUGGGGCUUCGUGGCAAGCAGCACACCUCCUACGUGGCGAAGUGGGACCCAAGCUCCCUGACAGGGAGGCUUCAUCAGCAAGCGGGCUCAGGCGUGUUCACUGCCACCUCAAGUCAUCUGCCGGUUCAGGCCCAGGUACAAACCCUGGAGAGAAAGUUAGCGCUGCGAGACAAGGAAGUCGAGUCACUUCGAAGCAAGCUCCGGGACGCCGAGCGGGACAAGCAGGAGGCGGAACGGAGAGCGGAGCGUGCAGAACAGCUCCUGCAAGAUGCCCUUGCCCAGUUCGGUGGUCGUUCCCGCUCCCGACAUCGACACCAUGACCGAAGGGCAAGGAGCAGUUCAAGUGACUCCCGGAGAAAGGUCCGGAGGGAGAGAUCAAGCCACCACGAUGAUCACAGAGCGCAGUCUUCCCGCCGAGAGUCGUCUUCUUAUCGUGAUCGUGACCGUGAUCAGUGGCACCCCAGCAGCAGCUACCGCGACACCGCUCGCGAGACCUCCUCAUACGACCAGAACCAGUGGGAUGCUUGGGAUGAUGAGUGGUCCCGAGCUGGCGAUUGGGAUCAUCAGGCUCCGCCCGAGCCACCCAAGCCACCUGUGAGACGAUGGGCCCCACAUUUGGAGGCGCGUGCCAACAGGGCCGCCGACGAGGAGUUCUGGCAGAGGCGCUUUGAGGAGAAUCGACCCCUGGACAGGCGGGAGCUGAAGAACUACUUCCAUGAUCCGGCGGCUGACAACUUUAACGUUGUCUGGGCGCAGUGGAGGAAGAGUCAGGGCCCCGCACCGCCGGGAGAGGGCAAACGCAUCAAGUUGGAUCCGGCAAUCCUCGCUUUGGAUCUUACGGAGAUUCCAACUUCGGACGACGCCAGCCUUUCGUGGAACAGGCGAGUCCUGGUCGACCUGCUCCCGGACCAGGUGAUGCACGAGUUCUGCGGCCUUCUGUACGGGCGUCCGAGUCCGGCGUUGUGGAUUGGCCCCUACAUGCCCAAGUCCUUCUCCACUCAGGAUCUGGAACACACGGACAAGUCCGAGCGCCACAACUUCAAGGUGACUGCCGUGACCCCUCACACGAGGGAGGGAUACAAGCCUUGUGGGAAUGUCAAAGGCCCUACACCGAUCGGGUGGCUGUUUCUCAACGACAACCCGAAGAACAAGGGCGGCGUGUGGAUCCCACAGGGGACGGUGUGUCCUCCCGGUCACAGUACCGAGGACGUUUGCGGUGAAUUCAAGGCCGAGCAAGUGUGCCCAACCGAGCCUCCGCCAAGUGGAGGUGCGUACCUUGUGCUUUGGUUGUAUCCAAAGGCCUUUGCGCCGGACACAGUUCCGAAGACCCUUGCAGACCGCGAUGAGCUGAGCGCAUAUAUGGCGUCAUUGCAGGGGGUUAAUGACUUUGGGGAGUUCAAGCAGGUAAGGUUCGAUGUUGAGGAUUCCGACGAUGAGUUUGAGCUAAUCCCUGCACAUGAUGGUCCCAGAGCAAUUACCCGUGACACUGCACACUCACUGCCCAAACUCAGCAACAGGCAGAGGAAGAGGGUGCUUAGUGGGAUUCAGGAAAUGGUUGCGGGAGAUCGUGUGUUGCAAGCGAUUGCAUUCAACGCAGCAGUGGCUACGGAUCACAUGAUUGCCUUCACCCCCACUGAUCCUCCUAUUUCACACUGCAAAUGGGUACCCGAAUCCCUUGACGCGCAGGUGAUCAGCGAGACCAUUGCCAACCUGGAGACAGGUGUGCCCGGUCUCAUAGUUCUGAGGGUCGACGCUCCCACCGAGGAGUUGUGUUUAGAGUGUGAGUGCCUAGCUGACACAGCUGGAGUGAGCAUUGUCUUGGUGAGCCCCUAUGGAUGCCCAACACUCGAAAGUACCGUCGAGGUAAGAGGAGACUUGAAUGUUUCCGGGGUAGGGCCGAACAUCGACGAUGCACUCCAGGUUUUGUCCACAUGGACUGAGAGCUAUGGCAUGAGCCCCCGUUGCUAUGCAGACACGGAAGAACAUGAUUUCUGGGCCACGUGUCGUGACAUUUCACAGGUACUCCGGCAUCGGAGGAAGAACGCAGAGCAGCUUGGCGUUCGUAAAGUCCUGGAGCAGGUCCUUAGGCAGAGCAAGGCAUCCAAGGAGUUCAUCCUAGCUGCCCGCCUUCACCGAUGUAAGGCUUGCCUAGACACUGCACCAGUUCCGCGACAUCAUCCAGUCUCGGGGGAAUCGGUGUUUCCGAAAGAGUUCAAUCACACACUUGGCAUAGAUUGCAUGGAAGUAAAGGAUGUCGAUGGUACCCGCUACACUGCAGUCAACAUGGUCGACAUGGGAACCAGCUUUCAACAAGUAGCCCUGAUAAAGUCAGGAGGUGGCAAUCCCAGCGCACGGCAAUGUUUGCAGGUUUUCAUGGAGCGAUGGGUAUCGUGGGCAGGACAUCCACAGCAUGUAGUGGUUGAUAGGGGAACGCAUUUCAAGGGAGAGUUUGCAAGUUACAUGGGACAACAUGGGAUUCAUCUCCGAAAUGCACCCUUAGAAUCUCCGCAGACCAUAGGGAAGGUCGAAAGACAUGGUGGUUUGCUCAAGGCACUGGUAAGGAAAACAGUGCAGGAGAUUCAGCCCUCGACUUGGGAAGACAUGGUUAUGGUGGUCAGUGAAUGUGUGACUACAAAGAAUGACCUGUCCAGACAUCAAGGUUUCAGCCCAUCACAGCAUGUGCUAGGCAAGCGACCUAGGACACCAGGUUCAGUCAUGGAUGAAGAUGAGAGCAUGGGAACUUUGUUGGCCCGUUUCGAUGAGACCACUCCUUUCUAUUCCCGACAUAGAGCCCGGGAAGAAGCCCGCAAAGCCUUCGUGCACUUGGACUCGUCCAGGAAGGUUGCUCGUGCAUUGCAAAGGAAUGCAGCUCCCAUGGACAUGGAGUACCAGGUGGGCGAUUUAGUCAUUUACCGAAGAGACAAUUUGCCCGGUUCAACUUCCACUGUGUGGUCAACUGCAAGCCGCGUGAUAGGGCGCGAGGCAGAGAAUGCAUACUGGUUGCUGCAUGAGGGUGUGCCUGUGUUGGUCAAUGCCAGAAAGAUGAGGCCUGCAGAUGAGGUCGAAGUAGCUGCACGUCGAGUUCUGACCGGAGAGCCCGUUCUGCCAGGUUCCAUUGUCCACGGUCCAGAGCAACGUUAUCUCGACGAAAGAGAUAAGGAUCCAGUAACAGCGCCUUCUACCCCCAGACCGAACACUGGCUUAGCGUCGGCUCCCUCUACUCCCAUGAGAGUCGCAGCGGCCGAGAGUCCCGCCAUCACAAGCAAGGAGAUUUCGCCCAGUGAUAAGACGGGCAGGGAAAGAACUCGUUCCCCGCCCAGACAAAGCUCCAGCGCGCUGAUGGCUGAGGCACAGGACACCGAUCCUGUAGAAGCAAAGGCAAGCGAGCUCCUGGAAGCAAUGGCCUUCGAGACGAGCCACUGUCUCGAACUACUCAGGUUGUGCAAGAAACACAAACCGAAGAGGACGAAAAGAGCGAUGUUCCAAGACGCAACAGAUGAUGAGCUUGCCGCCAGCUUCGGUGUUUAUAGGCACGGUGGUUUUGUUGGGAUUUCUAAUCCUACUAAGCAACGCCCGUGUUUUGUGACCUACUUGAACCGCUUCCUGAAGCACCACUGUGAGAAGGCAGGCUACACCGAGUUCACUUGGAAUGGGAUCCAAGUAAGCGAAUCGCGGGCAAGUUUGCACAAAGACAACUCCAAUUUGAAGGGGUCGCUCAAUUUCACCAUGAGUUUGGGAAAUUAUUCGAAAGGAGGUCACCUGUGGAUAGAAAACUCUGAGGGGAACACAGUGAUUGACGUUUGUGGCAACCUUGAGGAGCCUGAGCGAGCAGACGACAUGCACUCCUCAGACGACGAGGAAGUUGGAACAGGUUUCCUAGCCUCACUUUUGGACUACCACAACAGCCCGGCCGAGGUGCAGUUGGGGUUGGACGAGGCCAUGCUCGCGGAGUGGGCCAAGUAUCAGGAAUUUCACGCUGUGAUACCUUGCUCAAAGAAGCAAGUGCAGGAGUUGCUUAGCCAAGGACACAUCUGCGUGCCCACCAAGUGGGUUCUCACCGACAAACAUGAACAUUUGAAAGGCACCCCCGGCUAUCGUCCCAAAUACAAAGCUAGGCUAGUCGCAUGCGGGAAUUUCGAGCACAUCUCCACAGGGGAGGACAUUCGUGCAGAUUCCCCGACAGCCGAGCCUGAAGCACUGGCUUUCAUUUGUUCCUGGGCAUCCUCACUCGGUUUGCGAAUCAAGGCAGCCGACAUCACGAACGCCUACUUUCAGGGUAAGCCGCUCGAGAGAUUGCUGAUCCUCAAGGCUCCUAGCAACCCCAAGGGCGUUCCGGACAAGGAGAUCCAGGAAUCCGGCUACAUGAUUGCCCGUGUCCCAGUGUAUGGAACGACCGACGCCGGCCGAAACCUCUACCUUCGCAUAGUCGAAGAGACAAAGUGCAUCGGACUGAAGUCAUCCCAGAUCAUGUCCGCGUUGUACUACGCGCACGACACAAGCGGCCGGCUGUGCGCUAUGCUGUGCACUCACGUGGACGACUUCUUCUGGGCAGCGUUCGGUGAGGGCGAGCUGAAGAUCCAGCAGUUGCUGGACCACUUCAAAAUCGGGAGGAUCGAAGAGGGUAGCUUCAGGUUCUGUGGCAGAGAAUACGCUCAGCACCCCGAUGGCACCAUCGAGAUCAACUCAAGGGACAACACGCGUGCCAUCGCUCCCCUCGAGAUCCCCAAGGGUGCAAAGUUGACGACACCUGUCACACAAGGACAGAGGACGGCGCUUCGGUCCGUCAUAGGUUCACUCGCGUGGGUGGCCCGGGCUACAAGGCCCGACCUCGCGUACCGCGUCAACGCGUUGCAGCAGCGAGUGACCGUCGCGACCAUCGACACGAUGAGAGAGGCCAACCGUGUGGUCGCACUCGCCUUGGGCGACGCGGAGCGCAGCAUCGUGUAUCGCGCCAAGAUACUGCCGUGGAGCAGUGGCCCCCUCGCAGUAGUCACGUUUUGUGACGCCUCUUUUGCUGCUGAAGCUGGGUACAAGUCCCAGAGGGGGAGGUUGCACUACCUCACUGAUGCGGAAACAGCACGCGACGUGAACGCACCCAAGCACAAGCUUCACCUGGUUGCAUUCGGUAGCUCUACGAUGAAACGAGUCUGCCGCGCGACACUACAGUGUGAAGCGUACAGCCUGCAGCAUGCCACCGAGCACGGAGACAGGAUCCGUGCGACACUCCUAGAGUUGCAAGGCAAACUGCCGUCACUGCAUGACUGGAGCGAAGUAGCGCCGAGAAAGAUGCUACACCUGCAGUACUCCGACUGCAGAUCGCUCACAGAUCAUUUGCUGUCGUCGGUACCCAGACCAGUGGAAGACAAGCGUCUUGCUAUCGAAAUGACAGCAUUGCGCCAAGCACUGUGGGUAGACGAGACACCGACGAGCGAAGCCUUCGCACCAUUCGGUGACAUCCUGCGAUGGAUUCCAACCCACCUUCAGUUGGCUGAUUGCUUGACCAAGAGCAUGAAGCCCAAGCUUCUGAACGACGCCUUGGAGAGCAACGAGGCCGUUGUGAAAGAAGAAGCUCCAGCUGAGUGA